GUUGUGCGUUUCUCUGACCGUGAUCUCGUGAGCGUCAUCUGAACCCUUCACCCUGAAGAAAAGAAGAGCUUCCAAAUAAGCCCAAAUGGCCGAAGGAAAGAUAGAUGCGAGUUAUGUGGUGGACGAUGAAGAACAUGGAACUUCAGACGACACCAGCCUCCAAGUGGAGCUUAAUGUGUUCAGAGCCCAGUGGAUGUCUGAAUUGAUGCCCAGUUCAGGUGCUGGUGUGCUGAACAGAGGACAGAUGGCUGCUGCAGACCUGAGAAGGAAGCAGGAACUUUUGCGGGAGGAAAAAGCCAAAGAGCUGUUCUUAAGAGCCGUUGAAGAGGAACAGAAUGGAGCUCUCUAUGAAGCGAUCAAGUACUAUCGCAGGGCGAUGCAGAUUGUCCCGGAUAUUGAGUUUAAAAUAAACUAUGACUCGGGCCGUGCUGGUGGAAAUUACUUGAAGGAAAAUGAAAGCAAUGGUGAAAUUAAGGAUCUGAUGGCCUAUUUCCAGCAGCAACUCAACCUUGUAGAUGACUGUCCAAAGAUAUGUGUACCUGAAGUGGAGAUGACACAGAUGCACAUUUCAGCACUGCCUCCAGAGGUGUUGAUGUAUGUCUUCCGCUGGGUGGUCUCCAGUGACCUGGACAUACGAGCCCUGGAGCAGCUCUCCCUUGUAUGUCGUGGUUUCUACAUCCGUGCCAGAGACCCAGAGAUCUGGCGCCUGGCAUGUCUAAGGGUCUGGGGCAACAGUUGCACCAAGAUGGCCCCGUUCAGCUCCUGGAGGGAGAUGUUCUUGGAGAAGCCACGGGUGUGCUUUGAUGUUUGUGGCUGUGCUAUUGUAAUUCUUGCAGGUGUGUACAUCAGUAAAACAGCCUACAUUCGUCAGGGGGAGGAGUCCUUGGAUGGGUUUUACCGGGCGUGGCACCAGGUGGAUUUCUACAGGUAUCUGCGUUUUUUCCCAGAUGGCCAGGUCAUAAUGCUGACCACACCUGAAGACCCCCUUGUUAUUGUUCCUCGUCUGCGUAACAAGAACUGCAGAGGAGAAUCUGUCCUGUUUGGUCACUUUCGUCUGUCACAGGACACAGACAAUCAAACCAAAGUUUUUGUUGUUGUCUCCAAGAGAAAGGAAGAGAAGGUGGCGGGGGAGUUCCAGAAGAACCGGUUCUACAGGCGGAACCCAGCACCUGAUGCAGAGCACAACUUCCACGUGGGUCUCCAACUGUCCUCCAGGGGGCACCAGCGCUUCGACAAGCUGGUUUGGAUCCACCACUCCUGCCAAAUCACCUACAAACCAACCGGAGAGACAGUGGUCACAUCUUUUGACCUGGACAAGAUGUAUACUCCUCUUUACUUUGCACGUGUGAAGAGCUACACAGCGCUUUCCGAGCGCCCACUGUAGGGCGGAGAUAUGCAUCACUUACACAACACCUUUCCAAAAACAAUGUCUGCUUGAUACAGUUUUUGGUUUUCAUGAAUGCACUACUGCAACGGUAUACAACUACUUCCCACAGACAGCAUACGCUAUGACACGUCAUGUUUUAGGUUCUAGGCUCUCACUACAAGGAGGAUCCUGCUUCUCUUCUCAUACUGUAGAGACAACAAUGCAAAGGGAUGAACUAAUUCAGCUAUUUUCAUUGAUGAAUGUUUUUCAGUUUAAUCUAGCAUUUUUGGUUUCUGAUCUGAAAUUAAAGAGGGCGAUACAAAGGGGUGUCUUACAA